CAUCUUGUUUCGUUAAAACAUUACAAAAAAAUGGCCGCGGUCAAUGUUCAUUUGGGCAGAUAACACACUACGUACUCAUUGAGGAAAAUCUCGCCCAAAAAAUUUUUACUAAACUACCUGUGUGACAAUGUAUUCUUCUAAUGACGAUCAAAGUGCAUAUUUUUCGAAUAUUCAUUUGUAUAUAAUUAUUUUAUCUGUUCAUAUGUAAUUUCAUAUUCAGGGUAGUGGACCACUAGCUGAUUUACUAGCAAAAUUUCUUAGACGAAAUCCCAUAAAAGAGAGUUGUGGUAUUUCUGGCAAAAGGCUCAUAAAUGAUAUGGAAUAUCAACCGGAAGAUGAUGACUAUUUGAAGAAUGGUGAAAUUGAAAAUUUUGGUCCUGAAGUGUAAGUC